GCCAGUGCCCGCCGACCGCACGCCGAGCCGAUAUUCGGCAUUCGCGCGACACCGCCGUACCGCGCGCUCGUCUCGUUAGUUCACUCCGCGCUCGCAAGCCAUCCGCGACACACGUACGUGCCGUUCUCGCUCCCGUCGCCACCCUCGACUACUGCGCGCACUCACUACGACGCGAACCGUGCAGUGCUAUUAAACUUUUCGGUGACUCAGUGCUUUCGGACUCAACUGUUAUUGAAAAAGAAUCUGUGUGAACUCGAACGGAAUAGUGCAAUGCGAAGAUUGCGGUCCGGCGGGAAGGCGAUACUUUGAGCGACGAAAGGGUUGGGGAGUGCGGGGUGCGAAGCGGGCGGAGGGCGGCGCGAAGCCGCGCAAGCGCCCGCUGCUGGCCGCUCCGCGGAGCCACACACGCGUGCAGACCGGCGCGCGCGAUGGACGACAAGCCGACCGCCGUCGGCGGCGAGGAGCACUACAGUCUGCGCUGGAACAACCACCAGGCGCACCUGCUGCGCUCCUUCGAAGCACUGCUGCAUGCUGAGACCCUAGUGGACGUGACGCUAGUGUGCGCUGAGCGCAGAGUACGCGCGCACAAGGUGCUGCUGGGCGCAUGCAGCCCGCUGUUCCGCAGGAUAUUCAGCGAGAACCCCUGCAAGCACCCCGUGAUUGUGCUCAAAGACUUCCAAGGAUGGGAGGUGCAGGCAGUCGUGGACUUUAUGUACCGCGGAGAGGUGUCCGUGGCGCAGGAGCAGCUGGGCACCGUGAUUCGCGCCGGGGAGUCGCUACAGGUGCGCGGGCUGGCCGACCAGGACCGUGAGGAGCAGGCGCGCUCGCCGCCGCCGACGCCGCUGGCGCGCAGCCCGGCGCAGCACACGCCGCCGGCCGCGUCGCCGCCCGCCAGCCCGGCCAGCCCGCAGCCCCGCCGCAAGCAGGCGCGCCCGCGCCGCCGCUCCGGCGAGUCCGACACGCCGGAGAACCUGUCCAUGCGGCGCUCACCCAGCGGCGGCCUGAAGGCCGUGCGCCUGGCGCGCCCGCGCUCGCCGCCCAAGCAGGAGCCCGAGGAGCCCGAGCCCGAGGCGCCGCCGCCGCCGCGGAUGUUCGCGCCGCACCAGGACAUGUUCCCGCCAGUGCCGCCGUCCGCGCUCUCGCUAACACCACCGCACAUGUUUGGCAUGGAUUCUCCGCUGGGCCUGUUUCCGCCCGGCAUGGAGCACAAGAUGUACCCACUGAUGGACGUGGAGCACCGCGCGCCGCCGCUUGAUGCGCAACUAUUCACCAAUGUUAAAAAGAAAUGGCGACCUAAGGGUCAACACAGCGCGCCGCGCGGUGGCCCACCUCGAUCGUGGACGAACGCCGAGCUCACGGAGGCGUUGCAGCAUGUGUGGAACAAGAAGAUGACUACAAGCCAAGCCUCGAGGAUCUUCGGGAUCCCCUACAACUCGCUGCUCAUGUACGUGCGCGGCAAGUACGGCAAGAGCCUGAAGCUGGAGCAGCUCCGGAAGGACUGCAUCGGCGGGCCGCUGGACGUGCUCAACCUCAACUCCGGCAACAACAACAACAACCAGCCCUCAAGCAAACACCACGACAAAGACGACCACCAGAACUCAGGACAACGACCAGCGAGCUCAGAGCCCGACAUUGCCUCGAAUCCGAUGUUCAAUCCAUUCCAGCAAGGGUUUUACCCCGAGUUCCCGCCUGGCUUCCCGAUGCCGCUGAACAUGCUGCAUCUACUGCCGCCGAACGACAAGGCGCGGGAACUCUACCAGUCAAUGCCGAUGGCUCUGGAUUCGCUGUCAGGAAUAACGAAAGAGGAGGACUGCAAGAGCGAUAGGUCCAAGGAGAACUCCGCCGACGAGGAGGGAGACUCGUACCGCGCGCCCUCGCACCCGCCGCACCCGCCCGACAGCCGCGCGCUGCUGCACCACAACGGGCAGGACUAAGCCGCGCCCGCUCCGCCACAUCCCGAGCGACACCACUUCAGCGCUCGCUCACUCUAUCAAAUCAUGGACUAAAACUGGAAUUUAGUUAGUGUAUUAAUAAGUCUCGUAACAAAUCUUAAUUACGUGUUUUAGAAAUUAAUUUUAUAUCUUGUGGUCGAUCACUAGCGACAGAACUUCAAGUUGGUGUGCUUAGUGGUACUAAUAGUGGAACUUUUAACAACUUUUUAAUGUCGACGAACCAAAUGGUGAGGUGACACGUUAUUUGAAUUUGUGUAAGUCACAGAAGUAUGAAAAAUGGAGUACGGUUACCGUAAACGGGUGAAGAUAUUUUUCGAAUUUCUGCGAUGUGAAGUAUUUGUUGUUAAUUAUUUUGUAGAGGUAUCACGCGCGAGAGCGCAGGGAGGGUCUGGCGACUCGGCCACAUAGUGUAAUAUUUCGAUUGGAACCUAAAACUCGCUUAAAUAACUUGGACGGUAGCUUAAUACCGCAUUAUUGCUAUUGUUUUUUAAUGUGCAAUACUAAAUUGGAACUUAACUACUAUGAAUACACUAGAAAAGUUUCAGUUUUACGGAUAAACUAAUUUGUAUUAGGAUGUAUUUGUGAAAUCUCCGGAGACCGCGACCGGCGACGUCCACACUAAAAUUAGUUAAAUUUAUAUUUAAAAGAUGUGUUAAUAUUGUAAAUGUAUAUUAAUAUCGCGUACUAAGUGAUAGGCGAUAAUUUAUUUUGAAGGAGUGCAAUAAGUAUGAAAGGUGUUGUGAUUGUUAUCGUUAAGACAUUCCGAAUUUCAUUAUUGUUAAAUCAUUCCGUUACAUUCCAUAUUUUUAGAUAAUGUACUAUAAUUUCUUACUAUUUUUAUUGUAACAACGCAUUGACUUCUUCAUUCAUAGAAAACUUUGUAGAUAUAAUACGUUAUACGUGCGAAUUCACUUCUGCAUCUCACCAAAGUUUGUAAAAUAUUUCGUAAUAAUAGUUAUAAUUCGAUGAUAAACAAUUUUAAUUGUAAAUAGUUAUUGAUAAAAAAAUUAAUGGGAUAUAAAUUUUUGAAUUAACCAGUAAAUAAGGUGGACAUUUAUAUGUGUCUAAAAUGGUAAAUAGUAGUGUAUUGUAAUUGUUGUAGUGUUAGUGAUGUGAAUCAGUGAGCUGGCCGAGAGGGGACGCUGACGUCACAGGGGGCCGCGACGCACUAGUCACACACAAACGUUCCGAACUAACGUCACACACGUAGCAUCACAUGUACAGACGUAAGAAAUAUAAUUUCAAUCAAAUUUUGUUAAAACUGUACUGUAGGCUGGUAUGGCAAUUAUUAGUCCCGAAUGAAAAUACCAACACUAUAUCAAGUUUGGUUCGUUUUAUAAUCUUGUAUAGUUAAUGGUGGUCAGGCUAGUAAUUGUCAGUACUCUUAACCCAUUCAAUCUCCCACGAAUCUCAAGGAAUUCCAUAAAAUGACAGUGCGCGCCACGUUUAGACAAAUAAUGUAUCUGCACUCAAUGUUCAAAUAAAAAGGAGCUUUCAAGAUUUUAGUAAAUAAUGAAAGUUAGAAUAAAAGGUUCAAUACUAUCUGGCUUUAGAUAAAUGUAUACAGUGAUCACUAGAGAUACCGUGUCGUUAGUUAGAUACAUGAUUUUACCUGUUGUAAAUAUUAUUUGUAUAAUAAUGAACUAUAUCUGUUGAAUAUAUCGUUUCCUUUAUACGCUGUACCCAAAUCUAACAGACAUUACGUUCUUCAACAGUAAAUACGAAACAUCACUGUUUAUGCGUGUUUUCCUUAACUGUUUUAUCCAAAUUUCUUAACUAUAGUCGUCGAAACAUGAAAAUCUCUCAACAGAAGACUGAACACUAUUUACGAUUCUAUUUUAUAAAAGAUAUUGUACAUUCACAUAACAGUACAGCAACAAUGGAAUCCUCAUACCUGCAUACAGUAGUAACACAUAGUGUCACUUCAUAAUAACAAUAUUAUCAUUACAGGGAUUUUAUAUAUUAAACGAUUAAAUAUGAUUAAAAUAUUGUAAUAGUUUUAACAGAUUUUAUAUUGCUUUUUUUCUCAUUCCGUUUACGCUGGCAACAUUAAAUGCAUAAACCGCGCACUUUUGUAAUUAAAUAUAACGGAUUCACAUGUAGAUAAUAUAAUAAGGUCAUGUAUUGAUUAAUAAACAAUUGUCUGUAUGAAACGUAAAUACAUGUGCCAAAAAUUGUAAAGGAUAUUCACGAGACGCGUUCGUUGUUUACUGAGCCAACAAUGUCGCCCUGCCGAGCUUGUGUUGUGACUUGUGACCAUAGAUUACGUUCAAUAUUUACCUAAUUCGUACAAAUUCAGCAGUAUUAGAGUGAUUUUGUUAAAGUUAUAAUUGAGAAGUUUUUUUUUGUAAUUAAGUUUUGUUAUUUGUUAAAGUGUAGGUCCUGCGAUUGACGAAAUGUAUUGAUAAGAGAAUGUUUUAGUCCGAACGGAAUAUGUUUGUAUAUGUCGAUAUAAUAUAUUUAUGGUUCUGUGGUUUACUUAACGCUAUCGACUUUGUUAUAUAGUAAAUUCUGGUUUAUUCUGUACUUCUCUUCGCCGCUAAACAUUCUUGUACGACUACGCUCAGCUUUUCAGCACUGUUCUCAUUAAGCUUAUGUGACAUCAGGAGCCAAAUGUAAUAAAGUAAAGAAUUCAUAGAUAAUAUAUUAUUGUACGACAUUCAGUACUUAUUUUUAGUUGAUAAAUUGUGAUUGUAUUAUUUUUAGUGAAAAUUCAAAAUAUUUAGUUCCUUCAAUUUUUGUUACGAGUAUUUAUAAAUUGUAAUUGCAAUGAUUUUUAGCUUUUAGAUAAUUGUUCUCUCCGAUAAAGAGUAUAAUUAAUUGUAAGUUUUUAUUUGUAAUUUAAUUUGUUGUAUUUUGCUUAAUAUAAUGACAAAUUAAAUUAAUUGAUAUCGUUACAUUAGGGUGUAAAAAAGAUUAUCUAUUUGAUCUUAAAUAAAAUACGAAAAAAUAUUUAUGUUCUAGUAUCAUUCUAACGUGUAAUUGAAAUCGAAAGAUGGAGCGUUGUAGUAAAAUUCGUUUACGGUCACCGACGUAAAGUGUAAAAAAUAAAAAUAUGAAAUACCAA